UGACAUUUCUGUGAGCACUGUCAUCAGUGUCAUCUGCGGUCGGGCCUGUUCACGUUCUUUUCUUCGCCAUCUUGUGCGGGUCGGACGUGAAUUUCGCUGCUCGCGAAAACGAAUCGCUUGGCAAAGUGUGAAAUUUGUGAAUAGAACCGAAAAUGACUGAAACACUGCAACUGCGCGGCCAGCUUCUUGGCCACUCUGGAUGGGUGACGCAGAUCGCCACCAAUCCGAAGUACCCGGACAUGAUCCUGUCUUCGUCUCGUGACAAGACGCUGAUCGUGUGGAAAUUGACCCGUGAUGAGCUGAGCUACGGCAUUCCUCAGAAGCGUCUGUACGGACACUCGCACUUCAUUUCCGAUGUAGUGCUGUCCUCCGACGGCAACUACGCUCUGUCCGGAUCGUGGGACAAAACUCUUCGACUGUGGGAUCUGGCAGCUGGUCAGUCGACCCGCCGUUUUGAAGACCAUACCAAGGACGUGCUCUCGGUUGCUUUCUCUGUAGAUAACCGUCAGAUUGUGUCGGGAUCGCGCGACAAGACGAUCAAGCUGUGGAACACUCUGGCCGAGUGCAAGUACACCAUCCAGGAGGAUGGACACUCCGACUGGGUGUCGUGUGUGCGAUUCUCGCCGAACCACACCAACCCGAUCAUCGUGUCGGCUGGUUGGGAUCGUGUGGUGAAGGUUUGGAAUCUGGCCAACUGCAAGCUGAAGAUCGACCAUCUCGGACACAACGGAUACCUUAACUCGGUGUCAGUGUCGCCCGACGGUUCGCUGUGCACGUCCGGUGGUAAGGAUUGCCGCGCCUUCUUGUGGGAUCUGAACGACGGCAAGCAUCUGCAUACGCUGGAGCACAAUGAAAUCAUCAACGCACUGUGCUUCUCGCCCAACCGCUACUGGCUGUGCGUCGCCUACGGACCGUCGAUCAAGAUCUGGGAUCUUGCCUCCAAGACGAUGGUCGAGGAGCUGAAGCCGGCUAAGAACGGCGAUCCGCCACAGUGCUUGUCGCUGGCCUGGUCUACCGAUGGACAGACCCUGUAUGCUGGCUACUCCGAUAACAUUAUUCGCGUGUGGCAGGUGUCGGUCUCUGCUCGUUAAGGCGAAGAGAGUCCAUUGGAUGGUUUAUUAAUGAUUCCAUUCAAGUGAGUAUUGGAGAAAUCCGUUGCAUUCUUUGUCAAAGAAAGUAAUAAACGGGAACGUGAAAAUGUAA